AAAACUCGAGCGCCAACAGUCUGCAAGUCACAGUUCAGCAGAUUCUUACAAGCCGACAAGAAGUUAGCUACGAAAAAAAAAAUAAUAAUUAUCAGUGAAAAAAAAAAGUUUUUUCCUUAAAAAAAAUGAAGCCUUUCUGUUUCUUAAUUUUGUUGAUCGGUGCUGUUGCCGCUUCUGAUACCGAUGGAUUAAUUACAGGCGCAUUGAAAUUCGUUAAAGAUUGUAAUGACAAGUCAAUCACAUUAUGCGUUAAGGAGCGCGCCAUUCAAUUAUUCGAGAAAACAAAGGGUGAUUUUGAGCUUAGUGAAGGAAUUAAACUUGUGCAGACUGAAGAUGAGCCGCAGCCAGAACAAGGACGAUCAUUGAAUGAUGUUGAAUUAUCUGACGACCCAGACACUCGUGAGCAAGAAGUUGAUUCAUUAUUGGUUGAUCGUGUCGCACGUUUCCUCGGAUCACACACCCUCCAAUUCAAAGUCUCAAAGGAAUCAAUCAAAGACGUUCAACGUUCAUUAGAAGAAGCUCGUGGCAAGACCAAGAAGGGCAAGAAGUACUUGUUGCCACUCCUCAUGUUGAUGAAACUUAAGGCUGCAGCCCUCCUUCCAUUAGCUAUCGGAGUCUUGGCAUUGAUCUCACUCAAGGCAUUGGUCAUUGGUAAAUUGGCACUCAUCAUCUCAGCAAUUAUUGGAUUGAAGAAAUUACUCGAAGGAAAGCACUCGUCAAGCUACGAAGUCGUUGCUCAUCCACACCAUUCAUUCUCGUCAUACGAUGAGCAUAGUGCCCAUGGUGGUGCAUUCAGACGAUCAAUUGAUGCUCAAAAAUUAGCAUAUAAUGCACAACAAUAAUAAGCUUUAUUUCGCAAACAACAAUUAAAAAAAGAUUUAUUGGAAUUAUUUUCGAGUCAACAGAUAAUGUGAACAACAACCGUUCACAGCUAAUUGGUUCAAAAAUAAUUCCCAAGAGAGAAAUGCCAUUCAAGCGAAAAAAAAGACAACUAUUUAUUUUAAUUUAUUUAAAAUGAGGAUAAAUUAUUUAUUGAAAUGAGAAACAAAGCACAUAGAACAUUAGACAUACAUACACACAUAAACAUCUUCGAGAUGUUCCUACUUAUUUCAUGUUUUUCUAACAUCUUCCAAACUACUAUCAUGCACGUAGAUAACGACAAUUUUGUCAUUAAAAUGUAUAAGGAAAUUUUUUUCAAGCUCAACAAACUGUUCUGCUAUCUAAUUAUUUAAGACUUUUUACAUACUUAAUGAGACUUUUGUAAGAGAAUUCACAUCUCUUCCACUUACUAUGUCAUUCUUGUCAUACUUUCUAAUAAUGUUUCCAUUUCUCUGUUAAGUCUUAAUUACCGACCAAAAAACUAUUUUUUGUUGUUAAACUUUUAUGCAUAUAAACCGUACAUACACGAACGCAUUGUCUGACCAAAAAACUUUAAAUCUAAUCCCAAAAAAGAACAUACAACUUUAGUUUUUAUUAGUUCUAUGACUGUUAAUUUUAUUGUAAGCUCUCUAAAUAAUUUAAUUAUUUAAUUUUAAUUUCUCUUAUUCUUUCUCUCAUUCUUUUUAAAACUCGCAACUUAAUUUAUUUUUAUUGUUAUUGAUUGAGCAUAUUGAAGAAAUCAAACGCAUGAGUAAAACGCAUUGAAUGUCGAUCAGAAUUAAGGAGGUAAUUUCGAAGAAGUGAAACUUGCUUUCUUAACGGUACAGGCGAGCAUCAACAUUAUUUAUAUACAUAUAUCCACAUUCUCAAUCAUAUAUUAGGUCAGUUGAUCACAUCCAGUAUUCUUUAUUAUUUUUUUUAUGCUUUUUUUAUCUUCUUUACUUCUUAUGCUUAUUUAUCUGCUCUUGUCUUUACAUUAUUUAUAUUAUUAUUUUCAAACAUUAUAACAAAUAUGAGAAAAUAAGUGACUCGAUUUAAGUCACACACUUUGUGUGUCGUGCGUCGGACUUAUUUUCUUUAUAUCUUUCCCCUUUAUGUACAUUGCAUAUAUAUGUAAUUAGUACACAGAUCAGGUAUUUACUCUUCACUCUCCUUCUUCUCAUUCUCUGUCUUUUAAUGCUCUACAUUUUUAUAUCUUGAAUCACG